AUGACCGAACAAGAAAAGAAACAAAUUCUAAACAAGAUGGCCAAAAAGGAGUGCCUGAAGGAAUUGGCACAACUGAGGGCAUCAAACCCGGACCCCCCGAUGGUCUCUCAAUCAGACCUUUGCUUGGAGGAAGAGGAUGAGUGCGGGCGGCCCGCCUGUGGCGAGUUGGUGGCGGAUCUUUGUGCCGAGAUCGAAAGUCUGAAGAGAGGGAAGUGGCAGAGGGAAGUGGCAGAGCUCCGUGGCGCCGGGGCAGAAGAGGCGGGACCCUCAACCCGCCAGAGGAGGAGGCGGGCACCUCCCAAAACCCCGAGCAUCAUAGUGAGUUUCACAUUGUAA